ACACACACACAUCACUUGCCAGGCCAGUUGCGCUUGCGCCGCGCGCGCUCUCUCUAUCUGCUUGUCGUGCAGAGAAAGUGAGGCGCUGCGCUGCGCUCCGCCGCGCAGAUGUGGGCGCCGGGCUCGCCUGGGAGGCUGCCGGCGAUGGUGGAGUGCGACGAGGACGGGCACGGGGACGCGUACCACGGGACGAUGGCCUCCUGCUGGGGCCGCUUCGGCGCCGCCGCGCUGUGGCGCAGGCUACGGCGGCGUGUCAGCCUGGUGCGGCGCAGGCGGCGGCGCGGCCGCUCCCUCCUCGGCGGGCUAAACUACGACCCGCUCAGCUACGCGCAGAACUUCGACGACGGGUGCCUGGAGGAGCGCGAGCCGGACUUCAGCGCCAGGUUCGCGCCCGCGCGCCACGCCGCCGCCGGCUCCCCGCGGCCCACGGCCUGACGGCGUACUAGAUUUUUUUUUAUUACGACGUACUACCCCCGCUCGGUGCUCUGCUCGCAGUCGCAGCGCGCCAUUGGAAGAGUCAAGAGUGGCAGGUAAUUGCUCCUCCGCACGUCCUUUAGUUGAUAAAUGUAUAUACAUGGUACACCGUACACGCCGUCGACUCGCAUGGAUGGAUUGGAUGGAUGUAAUUAAAUACAGUAGCAGGUAUCGUUAGUCGAUCUCGAUCGGAACGAAAAAUAAGUUCUUGCCGAUUGGCUGGCUUCCUUCA